UUGCAUGAGGCUCUAUGGAAGGGGGGAGAAAGUGGGAGGGAGAACGGAGCUCCGGGAGAGGAAGAUCCCGCUGCCAGGAUCCACCACAACGCCAGUUCGCAACGGUCACGGUGCUAGAGACGACGGUCCCUCUCCGAUUUCACCAGAGUUAUACACAGAGAGUAACACAGCUGGGCGUAUUUUUCUUUUUUGUUUAAAAUUUGAAGCCUUCUAUCCUGUACUUUUCAAUUUACGACGUUCGGCAUUAAUCAAAAGGAGCCUGCCGUCUUUUAUCGCCGUUAAAGAUGCCUCCGGGUGCCGGAGAAAAGUCGGCCGUCUGGCUCUUGGCCCUUUUCGUAAUCACACUGCCGAUUGUUUUGGCACAAGUUCCGCAAGCCAAAACGAACGUUCGCGAAAAGGAGAAACAAAUCCUGGACAAAAUUCUGCAGCCCAACCUUUACGAUAGAAGAAUCCGUCCAUCAGGAGCCAAUGGAACAGAUGGACCAACGAUUGUCGUCAUCAAUUUGAUGUUCCGCAGUUUCCCGACCAUUAGCGACAACAAGAUGGAAUAUUCGACCAUCUUGACGUUCCGAGAAGAAUGGCUGGACGAGAGACUCAAGUACAACGAUUUCAAUGGCAAAAUCAAAUAUCUGACGCUAACGGAUCCCUACAAAGUCUGGAUGCCCGACCUCUUCUUCUCCAACGAGCGUGAGGGACAUUUUCACGAUAUCAUCGUCCCCAACGUUUACGUCCGCAUCUUUCCCAACGGCGCUGUCCUCUACAGUAUUCGUAUAUCACUGACGCUUUCGUGUCCGAUGAACCUCAAGUUGUAUCCGCUCGACAGACAAACAUGCACUCUCUCCAUGAUCAGCUACGGAUGGACCACCGAAGAUUUGGUGUUCCAGUGGAAGCAGGUCGAUCCUGUUCAAGUGGCGAGAAACAUGCACCUACCACGUUUCAUCCUCGAAAAGUUCCAGACGGAUUUGUGCAACAGCAUCACCAACACAGGCGAGUACUCGUGUCUGAAAGUGAACUUGCUGUUCAAACGCGAGUUCUCCUACUACCUGAUCCAGAUCUACAUUCCCUGCUGCAUGUUGGUCAUCGUCUCGUGGGUUUCAUUCUGGCUGGAUUCGAAUGCCGUUCCGGCUCGCGUCUCGCUAGGAGUGACCACUCUACUCACGAUGGCCACCCAAACGACCGGCAUCAAUAACUCUCUGCCGCCCGUCUCCUACACAAAGGCAAUAACGCGCGUGUUUAUUACUAUACUCCGCCGCACAGGACGGCAAUCGACUCAUUUCCGAGUUGUUUUCCGUCCUGCCGGAAGAGAGCAAGAGUGGCUGAAUAUGAUAUCUAUAUGGGAAGAGCUAAUCGACACGGGGCGCGGGUGUAUUUUGCUUCGAAUUCAUUAUACACAGGCUAUUGACGUGUGGACGGGUGUUUGUUUGACGUUCGUGUUUGGCGCUCUGCUGGAGUUUGCGCUGGUCAAUUACGCCUCGCGUUCGGACGCCCACCGGGAGAAACUGAAAAAGCAAAGGCGCCAGUGGGAAAUGGAAAGGGAGCGGGACCAACAAGCCCUGGUGAUGGAGGCCGCAGCCGCAGCGGCCGUUGUCGAAAGCCGGAUGGAUGACGGCUCCACUACAUUUGCCAUGAAACCAUUACCUCGACUACGAAAUGACGGCAUCUCGCUAGACAAGUCACGUCCCCAGCAUUCAACUUACGACUUCCACCUCGGGAUCCGGAGCUCCUCCGCCAGUAAUAAUUCAAACUGUUGGCGAUCGUGGAUCUCCAAAUUUCCGUCGCGCUCCAAGCGCAUUGACGUCAUCUCUCGCAUCAUCUUCCCGGUAAUGUUUGCACUUUUCAACUUGAUCUACUGGUCCACCUACCUCUUCCGUGAAGGAAGUGAAGAAGAGUAAAGCAAAGAAAACAAAUAGAAAUGGCCGGCCGGACUGUUUAAGAAACUGAAGAGCUGAACCUUUCUAUAGCUCUUUUCCGUAUUACGUAUUUCAUCGUGUCUCUCGCGUUCCAACCCUCCAUCGCUCUCCUCUAUUUGUUAUUUCAACAAGACAUUUGAUUACCAAUGUCGCGCUCAACCAAAUUUCAGAGCUAAAAAUGAAGAAAGGUUGUUCUAAGAAGAAAAACAAAUUACAAAAGAAAAGAUGGUAUGAUGACACACUGCUCAGAUUUUGAAUUUGAAUUUGUACUGUACACGUUGGCUGUCACUCUUGUAUAACUAAAGAAAAUCUAUUCGAUUCAGUAACUAUUUUCUCAAUGUGUGAUUUGUGACAUUUUCCUUUUUGGCGCCAGACGGUUUCCAGCAACAAUUGCUGGCCCACGUGCCAUUCGUUAUCAAACGGAAAACGCCCUUCCUAGUCAUCAAAUGUCACCAAAUUCAAACUGAUCAAAUCUGCUGUUGUCUGUUCGACGUUAUAAUAUAUCAAUCAAAUAGCUGUUGUCGUGUAAGCUUUUAUUCCCUCCGUUCAAAGGUGUUUCCCCCACACUAUUUGAUGAUAUUCAUGAACAAAAAAAGAUAAUAAAUAAAAAUUAAUUCAAUACA